AUGAUUUCCAUGAAUGGAGCUGAAGCGGGAGGAGCGUUUUUGUAUUUCAUCGCGAUCACGCCUUAUGUGGUUUUGUUGAUCUUUUUGGGGAUCGGGUUAAGCACUGCUGGCGGACCAGAAGGAAUCGCGGAGUUGUUUCAAGCCGACUGGGAAGCGCUCAAGGAUGCGAGAGUGUGGAUCGAUGCAUCGAGUCAAAUCUUUUUCUCCUUGUCCGUCUGUUUUGGUGGAAUCGUCGCGUUUUCAAGCUACAACCCAAUCAAACAGAAUCUCCUUCGUGAUGCUACGAUCGUCGCUUCUGUCAACAGUGGAACUUCGUUGUUUGCAAGUUGUGUCAUUUUCUCGCUUCUUGGAAAUCGAGCUUGGACAGCAUUUGAAAACUGCAAGAGUACAACGAUCGACAACUCUCUCAAUUUCUUCGACGAAGCCGAGGACUUUUACGGCGAUAAAACUUAUGAUGAAAUCUAUGACUUUGUCCUUAACAAGUGUGAGAGCGAAAACUGCGAUCCUGUUGAUGUUUUCCAGCGGCAAUCAAAAUGCGAUUUUUCAAAGAUUCUUCAAGAAGAUACUCCUUCUGGAACCGGUCUCAUCUUCAUCGCCGUCGCUGAAGCUGUCGUUGACCUUCCCGGCUCGUUCAUUCUUUCGAUGAUUUUCUUCUUUAUGGUUAUUUUACUCGGCCUCGGAUCCAUGGUCGGAACAUUUGAGGGCGUCAUAACUCCAGUUUACGACGGUCUUCAAGCCAGUAGUAAAUGGCGAAAAAUUCCGAAACAAGCGCUGGUGCUGGUAAUGUCAUGUUUUGCAUUUGCCAUUGGGUUGAUUUUCGCGACGAAUGCUGGUAACUACUGGUUGGAUAUUUUCAAUGAUUAUUCGGCUUCGAUCAAUUUGCUGAUUAUUGGCGUUUUGCAAUUUGUAGUCGUUGCAUGGAUUUAUGGCGCUGAGAAAUGGCUCUCUGAAAUUGACUGGAUGAUUUACGGAGAAGAUGGAGAACAACCUGGACUUGUUGUCAGAAUUUGCAGACUCUUUUUGAAAACAUGCUGGACUGUCCUCUCUCCUGGAUUGAUUCUUUUCGUUUUGAUCUUCUUCAUGGUUGAUAUUUUCCAAAACCCGCCGGCCUACAAAGUUUGGGACAAGACAACAGGGGACUGGAAGCUCGAAAAUGCAACGAACCCAGACAGUGAUUAUUUGAAGCAAGAGUACAGCGCUGCCGGAUCAGCAGUUAUCGCCAUUCUUCAUAUUCUUUGCUUGAUUUGGAUUCCUGUCAUGCUAAUCAAGGCAUUGUUCAAAGAUGGAAAAUUCUCGUUCAAAAACUGGAGGACCGAAGAAGCGAUCAUCUACCGAGGAGAGCAGAAAAUCGCGAAAAGAAUGUUCAGAAAUUCAUAA